AUGAAUGAUGAUAAUAAAUUUCGUUUUUUACAGUGGUCAAUAAUUUUUCAUUAUUUAUUGAUCAUUAGUUUUAUUAUUAAUGGUAUAAAUGCUGAUAGAAAAAAAUCUCUACAUGAUAUUGGUAAUGAAAAACAUGUAUUUGAUGGACAUUUUAGUAACAACAAAAAUUUUGCUAUUGAUGAUUGUAUACCAUUAGCAUUUGGUGAUUUUAAUGCCGAUAAAAUUGUUGAUAUUUUUUGUCGAAAUACAAAAGGUAAUAGUAUUCGAGUUAUGCUUAAUGAUGAUCGGUCACCAACAUCUAAAGUACAAUACAUAGUGAAUAUAACAGGAAUUAUUUAUGAUGCAUUAGCAGCUGAUUAUGAUGGGGAUAGUAAACUUGAUUUAUUUAUACUUUAUAAAACAACACCGGAUCAAACAGUAUACAAUGGUGGUUUUCUAUGGGGUGAUCGAGUUAAAUUAAGUGAUCUUCAACCAAUAGAUUAUUUAUUUCAAACAAUUCCAACAACUCUUGAUGCUAAUGGUGAUUCAUAUGUUGAAUUAUUAGGUAUGAUUAGUAAUGAUCAAAUUAAUUUUAAACCAGCUUGUUUAAGUUUUAAAAAUCGUACUGUAUAUAAUUUCGAAAUAUUAAUUAAUGUUGAUAAUCUUUUUCCAAGUUCAACACAAGCUACAGUUGAUCUCAAUAAUGAUCUUGUUGCAGACUUAUUUCUAACAAUCAUAUAUAAAAAUAAACCAAAAUUUCACGUUUAUGAAUUACCGAUAACUAAAAUGACAUUAAUUAAGGAAUAUGAUCCACCACCCAAUAUUGCUAUAUAUCAUUUAUCAAUAUUUGCCGAUAUAGACGCUGAUGGUGAAUUAGAACAUAUUCUACCAGUUUGUAUGAAUUUUGAUUGUUCAGAUAGUCGAAUUUAUGUACGAGAUAAUAAUGAAUGGCAUCAAUUACCAAUUCAAUUCGGUAAUGAUUUAAGAUUUCCUUCGAAGAAUGAAUUUCCAUCACCAUUUGAUCAAAUACCUAUUAGUGUUAAAAUAGCUGAUUAUAACCUUGAUGGUUAUCCAGAUAUGGUAGCUAUUAUGAAAGACAGGUAA